CGGAGACAGAUGAAACACGAUCCAGCAGACAAUCGACCCGUUGUUAGCUGUAGCUGUGUAUACUAACGUGAUGUUUUCCUACUAUUCAUGACCUAAACUUUAGAAUCAUGACCGUCUAGAUUAGAGGGAAUAACCCGACGACCCCUGGAUGUGUCCAUGGAUGAAAACCCCACCCUCGCCCCCCCUCUGGUAGCAGACAGUACCAUGUUGGACAACAGCAGUGAUCAGGGACCACAGACCGUGCAGUGCUCAGACUGUGGAUGCAGCUUCAGCCCGCCACAGUCAGAACCUGACCCUAACCCAGCCGACCAGGCAGCCUCUCCUGAAGACAAAGCAGACAGUCCUCCCAAAUGUCCAUCCUGCCAAGCAGGAAGCAGCCUCCCUAAUGGUCGACGCCCGCCCCGGCGCAUCCGCCUGGACCCUCACAGCUGCCCGAUGUGCUCCAAAACGUUCAUCUCCUCUGCACACCUGAAUCUUCACCUGGCCUCUCACAAUAAAGAGAGGAAGUUUAGAUGUAGCACCUGUGGGAAAUACUUCCAUCAGACGUCCCACCUGAUGGCGCACAAGCUCAUCCACAGCGGGGACAGGCCGUUUAAAUGCCCAGAGUGCGGCAAGACCUUCGGCCGUGCCUCCCAUCUGAAGACGCACCGCCGGCUCCACACUGGCGAGAAGCCCUUCAAGUGCACGUACUGUGACAAGUCGUUCACGCAGAAGGCCGGGCUCAUUGCACAUGUGCGUCUGCACACAGGAGAGCAGCCAUACAAGUGCGAGCAGUGUGGCGCGGGUUUUCGCCAUUUGUCAGCCCUGCUCGCUCACAAGGCGCAGGAGGCGUCAGGGCAGGCCCCUCCGGCUCCGGCCCCGGCUCCAGCUCCGGCUCCAGCCCCAACUCCUGCUCCAACUCCAGCCCCGGCGAUCACCAAGCCUCAGGUGACACCAGGUAGCUCGGAGGAUCUGAAGUGUGGCGUCUGCUGCCGCACCUUUGUGCGAUCGUCAUACAUCAGGCUGCACAUUCGCCUCAACAAAGGACAGAGGCCUUACCACUGUAAAGUGUGCAAUAAAACCUUCGUGAAGCUGGACACAUUUGUGAACCACUGUGAUAAACACUUAAGGCAGAAAAAGGAUAAAAACAAAGAGGUCAAAGAGAAAGUGGUGAAGCCGCCACUGUUUGUGCCGCUCUCCAGGCCUUCUUCUCCAGAGUCCUUAACCGCGCAGCCUCUGUCCGCAGAGGUCACCACGCGCUCCAAAUCAAAGGGCAAGGGUAAAACAGAGCCUUGAGAAGAAGAGGGUUCCUUAGCGGAGAAAUAAGUUCACCACAGUGUAGUAACACAAGUACAGAAGAGGAUUAGGGCCACUGAAAUAAAACGAGAAACAUUUUUUCUUUUUACUUGUGAGAAAAAAGUCAAAAGUCUGAAAUGAAAAUCAGAAGACUUUUACCUCAGAAUUCUGACUUUAAUCCCAGAAUUAGAAAAA